AAUCUUUACAUCAAAAAAAUUAAUAGACUAGAAAAACCAUGAAAUCGUAAAAACCAUACUUGAUUUUAAUUAAGUUUAAACAACCUGUAAUUAUUUAAAAAGUAAAUAAAAAAUAAAAAGUAAAUUUUCAAAAUAACAAAUAAUAAUUAUACUGUCAAAUUGUUAUUAUUCAUAUUGUGUGUGUACAAACAAAAAAGCCAUGUGACCUUGAAUAUAUACACUGCGAAAAAUAACACAUUCACAAACAAGCAUCAUAAGUGAGUUUGCAAAAAAAAGAAAAAAAACUCCAAAAAUAAGUGAUUCACCAAGGAAAAAAAAAAUCUACUAUUAAUAAAUACAAAAACAAAAAAAAUAAAUUACAUAGUUUAUUAUUUAUCAAGCAAAAAAAGGUUAAAUUUUUUUUUAAUCAACAAAAUGUAUUAAAACCACAAACAGUAUAACCUAAAAAUAAACAAGAUAAAAAAAAGAGAUUAAAAUUAAAUUCAAGAAACAUUAAAAAACUUUUACAGUUAUAAAAAAAAAAAAUAAUAAUUAAAUUAAUAAACUACCAAAAUUUUAAAUUGAAAAUAAAAUAUCAAAUUAAUUUUGUAAAUAAAACUAAAAAAAAAACUCAAUUUUUUUCCUGUUAAAAUUGAGUUUAAAAAAAUACAUAAGACAUCUGACAUAUGAAAAAUAAACAAGCAUAAAAAAAAGCAAAUAAUAAUAAACAAUAAAUUUAUAAAAAUUAAUAAUUUAAAUGCCACGUAAAAAAUUAUGAAAAGUGUGUUAAUAAAAGGUGAAUAAAUAAGUGUGGGAAUGGGCAAUUGUUGGUGUAAAAAUAGUACUGAAGAAUCUGAGGUUUAUUGUGAUAAUAAUCAUGUAGUUAAUGAUACAACAAUUAUACCAAAUAAUUAUAAUGAUAAUAGUAUUUGUGAUGUUAAUCAGCCAAGUUUUAAAUUUCCAACAUCAGUUGAUAUUGAUAAAUAUGUUCUUGAGACUCUCAGUGUCAUUGGAGCACUUGUUGACAAUGAACAAGAGCCACCACAAGCUAUGCUAAAACUUCAUUCAAUUGCUGAUAAAGAAGAAGGCUGGAUCCAAGUUGUUAGUUCAAUGGUUAAUGUCAUUCCAAUGUUGAGUCCACUUGGUCCAUCUGUUAUAACAUUAUUGCUUGAUGAUUGUCCACUGCCAUCAAAGGAUUCAGUGUUAAAAUUAUCAGAGAUGUUUCAAUUAUCACAAAAAACUGAUAGACUGCAAACAACACCAACACAACAGAGAAAUAUAUGUGUUGUACUUGGUUGCAUUGCUGAAAAAUUAGCUGGACCAAGUAGCAUAGCAGUUUUAUCAAAUGCAACAUUAGAUUAUCUUAUAAAUAAUCUGAAAAAAGACAUUGAACCUUAUGUAGUACUUUAUUCAUUAAUUGCAUUGGAAAAAUUUGCCCAAACAAGUGAAAAUAAAUUGACAAUACAAAAAAGAUUAUUAGCUGAAAUAAAUAAUCCAUUAUUGUUAUUAGAAAAAUGGGUUGAUGAAAAAAAUUAUGUUAAACGUCAAGUUGGAUUUUCUGCACAAUGGUGUUUGGAUAAUUUAUUUUUAAUUGAUGGAAGAAAAUAUUCACAUGAUACUGUUGAUUUAACUGGUAUUAAUGUCAUGUUAAAUACAAGGGAUGUUAGUGAGUAUUUAAAAAUAUCACCAAAUGGUCUUGAAGCACGUUGUGAUGCAUCAUCAUUUGAAAGUGUUAGAUGUACAUUUCAAGUUGACAGUGAUGUAUGGUAUUAUGAGACUCUCAUUAUGACAACUGGUGUCAUGCAAAUUGGAUGGGCAACAAAAGAUAGUACAUUUUUAAAUCAUGAAGGAUAUGGUAUUGGUGAUGAUGUUUAUUCAUUAUCAUGUGAUGGAUGUCGUAGAUUAAUUUGGCACAAUGCUAGAAGUGAAAAAUAUCAUGAUCGACCACCUUGGAAAGCUGGUGAUGUACUUGGUUGUCUACUUGAUUUUAAUAAAUUAGAAAUUAUAUUUUCAAUUAAUGGAGUACCACUUAAACCUUGUGUACAAGUAUUUAAAACAGCAAAAUCUGGAUUUUUUGCUGCUGCAAGUUUUAUGUCAUUUCAACAAUGUCUAUUUAAUUUUGGUAAUGUACCAUUUAAAUAUCCACCAACUGAUCGUGAAUUCAAAAAAUUUAAUGAUCAUGCUGUAUUAAAUCCAGAGGAUAAAAUUGUUUUACCACGUCAUAUUUAUCUGGAUCAAUUACGUAAAAUGAGUGUUAGAGAAGAUUCAUGUACACUUUGUUACGAUCAAAAAGCAUCUGUUCGUCUUUUACCCUGCAAACAUCGGGGUUUUUGCAAAACUUGUCCGUUGCAAUUAAUUGAGUGUCCAAUGUGUCGAGCAACUAUCAAAGAAGUUGCUGCUGAUGAUUAAUAUUAAUUAUUUAUUAUAAAGCAAUUGAUACCUCUGAAAAAUAAUAACAAUACUACAUUCGAUAAAAUUUGAAGAAACAAAAAAAAAAUAAUAACAAUAAUAUCAAUUAACAUUGCAUUUUGAUAAUGCAUUUUUUUUAUUAUUAUUAUUUUUUUUUCUUCUUAUCACGAGUGGUAAGUGUAACCAGUAUUUUCAUCGAACAGAAAAACUAAAAAAAAAAUAUAUUUUUUUGCUUAUUAAUCAUAAAAAAUUAUAAAUAUAUAAAAAAAAAAAUAUUUAAUUAUAAAACGAAAUUAAAAAAAAAAAAAAAAAAAAAAGUAAAGAACCAAUGUGAAGAAUAGAAUGGACUGAAUUUAAAAAUGUGCUUCAAAUUAUUAUUGAUUUUCUAAUUUUUUUUAUUAGAAAAAAAAAGAUUCUUUUUGAUAAUUUAAAUUAUUUUUAUAAUUUUUUCUUUAUUUUAAAUUACUAAAUGAUUAUUUUGAUUUUUUUUUUUUGUUAAAUAUUCCAUGGAAAUAAAAAUUUACCAUAUUUCUAAUUUAUAUUUGGAAAAAAUAAAAUUAUUGUAUAUUAUUAAUAUUGAAAGAGAAAUUUAACAUUUCAAUUUUUUAUUUAUUAAAUUAAUUUUCUUAUUGAAAAAAAA